GACUAUAUUCUGUUCUGUUCCAUUGCAUCAAUUUCAGUUUAUUAUUUUAUAAUUAAUUAAAUAAACAACAAUUGAUUUAACUUUGCCAUAUUGUUUUAAAAAAUGAAAAAAUCCAAAGAUAUUAUUAUAUAAAUCUAAUUCAAAAAAGGAAAAAAACUGAUGACAUGGUUGCACUGUUAGUGCCCCCUCCUUGGUCAUUAUUUUCAUAUUGUAUGCAUUUAACCUUCAAGAGUACAGGGAAUGCAGUGCCAUCCUGUUCAUUAAUAGAUCCCUUUAGGGGCAAUCAUCAAAUAUAGUGUAUUCAGACUUGCUCUGUGUCCACUGAGUUAAUGCUAUAGGACUGGUGCUAUAUGUGGCAUUAAGGAACUUACUGUAGGCAUUGGAGAUAUAAGUUAUAUAGCAGAGGAGGAGUUGGUAAUAUGGAAGAGGACAUGUGCACUGUAAAACCACCAGUAUUUCCCUGGGUCAAAGCUAAGGCUGGUACUGGGUAGGACUAAUCCCUAACGUGGGAUAAAUUGAACUGUGUUGUCAAAACAAGAACAAAUUGAACAUAAUAUUGAAAAAUUGAUUACUUUUUAACAUGACUUUUUUCACAGUCAGACAAAAAAUCUUAAGUAUUUGGUGAAAAUUUUGUGUGAUAAAAUGAGACCAGAUUUGUGUGCAGACAUUUGAUUUGAUGUUUAUGAGGGGUGAUAUGGUACAGUCUGGUUAUAUGCCAUUGGUAGAUUACUUCAUAUGAAUUUUAUGCUAGUUUAUCUUUUUUUUUUUCAGGCAUGCACCAGCAACAAUUUUGAUAAGUUUGAAUGAAAUAUACUUUUUCGUUCCUUUAUGAUCAGAUAUGUUUUAGAAAUAGGAUUUGUUCAUAUGUCAUACAUGCAUUCAUGAUAUACCCUUUUAUUUUACCUUUUGCAUUGACCUGUUUUUCCCACCAGGGAGAGCCACUGUGAAAUUGAGCGACGCCGGCGUAACAAAAUGACUGCCUACAUGUCGGAACUGUGUGAUAUGAUCCCAUCAUGCAGCUCCCUUGCCCGUAAACCCGAUAAACUGACCAUCCUGCGAAUGGCGGGCUCGUACAUGAAAACUUUACGAGGAACAGGCAACACUAGCAGUGAUGGUUCCUACAAGCCGUCCUUCCUCACAGACCAGGAACUAAAGCAUCUCAUUUUGGAAGCUGCUGAUGGUUUCUUGUUCGUAGCUCAAUGUGACACGGGGCGUGUGAUCUAUGUCUCUGAUUCCGUCACACCAGUACUUAACCAGUCUCAGUCUGACUGGUACACCAGCACCCUCUAUGACCUGGUACACCCUGAUGACGUGGAGAAGGUGCGUGAGCAACUGUCCACCACAGAAUCCCAGAACACGGGGCGUAUAUUGGACCUGAAAACAGGAACAGUGAAGAAAGAAGGGCAUCAGUCCUCCAUGAGGUUAUGUAUGGGAUCACGCAGAGGCUUUAUAUGUCGCAUGCGUCUUGGAGCCAUUCAAGUGGACACCAUGACCACAAGUCACGCCAUACGACUGCGCCAGAGGAACUCGCUAGGGCCCUCUGGUGAUGGGCACCAGUAUGCAGUGGUGCAUAUCACAGGCUACAUCAAGAACUGGCCUCCUGCAGGUAAUUUCAGCAGAGGAGUGCAAAUAGAAAGAACAGAGACAGAUGAGCCCCAUAGUGGCAGCCAUUGUUGUCUUGUGGCAAUUGGUCGACUUCAAGUCACAGGCACACCAAAUUGCAGUGAUUUGAUUGGCCCUAAUGCUACGUCAGAGUUCAUAUCUAGACAUAGCAUUGAUGGAAAAUUUACAUUUGCAGAUCAAAGAGUGGCCAACUUAUUGGGCUACCAGCCUGUUGACCUGUUGGGCAAGUCUGCCUAUGAUUUCUACCAUCCUGAAGACAAGGGCCACAUGAAGGACAGUUUUGAACAGGUGCUAAAACUGAAAGGACAGGUGAUGUCCAUCAUGUAUCGCUUCCGGGCCAAAAAUGGAGAGUGGGUGUGGCUGAGAACCAGCAGCUUCAGCUUCCAGAACCCAUACACAGAUGAAGUAGAGUACAUUGUGUGCACCAACAGUUUAGCCAAAAGCUCGCAACAACAGAGUGCUGGUCAGGUAAGCCCUGGUGACCAAAGCACAGACCCCACCCCCACCAUCAACACCUUCGCCUCACCCCACCGUGGCAUGGGAGCCUCAGAAGGCAUCAGCAGCAUGGCUCAGAAUGCCGGGGACAGUCGGUACACAGGGGAGGUGUACCCGGGCAUGGUGCCUGGCAGUUACAGUUACAACAGGUCCCCCGUCAAGUCUUAUUCCAACAUUCCCCAGAGUUCCACACAGAUUCCGUCAACUAGUCAACAGGGAAGCUGGCCCUCACAGGUUUUAUAUAGGAGGGGUGGAUCAGAAUACAGUGGCAGUGCAGGCUACAGCCAGAUGAGUCCAAGCACUUCUCCAGGUGGUCCAUCAUACACCCAGCUGAGCUCGGGACAGCGUCCAGCCACGUCGCAGGACCCUAGUUACCAAGGCUCUGGCUCUUCCACAGCCUUGUGGCAGCACUGGCAGGCAGGCAGCGAGGCAGGCGCUCAGCAGACUGCCACACAAUCAGCACAGGCACAACAACAGCAGCCACAGCAGCAACCUGAGGAGCUCGGGGAGGUGUUCCGCAUGCUGGAGCCCACUAACCCAGAAUUUGGGGACCUGUCUGGGAUGUUCAGUACCUUCACAGAGUAAAUCUAGGUGCUGGAGUGUUGGGGUUGGGGGUGUUAGGAUAAUGUAAGGUCAUUUUCUAUGAAGAGCAAAGAUACACCUAAAGAGAAUCUUUAAGUUCCUGAUGACAUUUUUAACAUCAUGUAUUGGAUACAGAAAUAGAAAGGAUCUGAAAGACACUGAGAGGUUAAAACAAUUGUAUAUUUCUCAUUUCUCGACAACCUGUUUCCAAGGUUGCUGCUAUAUAUAUAUACAUAACAUAUUAUGAGAUAUUGUGUAGGUAGAACUAUUUUGGUAAUAGUUGCAUAAUUACACAACUUAUAUAUUGUAUGUCACCACAAAGCAGUCUUUGAAAUUGAUUGCUUUGUUGAAUACAGCCCAUUCAUAUAAUAUUGAGGUGAGAGGGUUAUUGUUAUUUUUUCAUGGUUGUCAGAUUAAACUGUUUUUGUUUUUUUUUUUUUUUUCAGAAGGAAAUUGUACAUUUUAUCUAAUUUUAUGUAUUCGCUGUUUGUCCAACUCUUAAUAUGGUGCAUUUUUAAUCUGUCAUUUUAUCAUAUACAAAUCCUUUGUGUGGGUGCAUAUAUAUAUUAUGUACAGCUCUCUUUUUAUUGGCAGCAUCUGCCAUAAACAUGUUAAUGCCAUCAUUGACAAAUAGCAUUUCUACGUUUCUUUUCAUUUGCCAGGGCUGCCUGUUAUGUCAAAGUUAUUAUCAGAAAAGUUCUUGCAAUUACAACUGACAAGCCAGGUCUGUUUUGUCGAGCCACAGGGCAGAUGAAGAUUGCAGUUAGUAACAGUCAUGGCUUUAUUUUAGUUUUGUUCACCUACACCUCAAGAUGUUGUGGUGAAUUUUGGGAAAAGCCAAAGAUACCUUCCCAUAUAACCUUCCUUACUAGUGUGAAUUCUUUAAAAACAGCUGCUUAUCCAAAAUAAAUAUCCAAUAGUUAGAAAAAUGGGCAACUAGCAUAAUUUUUCAGAUAUUUGUGAUUUACCAUUGUAGAUUUUCUGGUCUUGAAAUGUCAGUUAUCAUGGAAAAUGAUAGACUUAUCUAUGAUUUUGAUGUGAUAUUUUUCAUUUGUGAAAAAUAUAAAAUAUCAAAAUCAAUGAUAUUGAUUUGAUGUUUUUCAUUUUUG